GAAACUUGUCCUCCCCUCUCCUGGUGGCCAUGGUGGAGAUCAGCAGCAGCUUCCCCACCCAGGACAAGGCCUAGAUGAGGAAACUGAGACCCAAAAAGAGACGGCAACUGGCCCAGGGUCACCAGCAUGCAGAUGCCUGCUAUGAUGUCUCUGCUUCUUGUGUCUGUGGGCCUCAUGGAAGCACUUCAGGCCCAGAGCCACCCCAUCACACGACGAGACCUCUUCUCUCAAGAGAUUCAGCUGGACAUGGCCCUGGCCUCCUUUGACGACCAGUACGCUGGCUGUGCUGCUGCCAUGACAGCUGCUCUCCCGGAUCUCAACCACACGGAGUUCCAGGCCAACCAGGUGUAUGCAGACAGCUGGACACUGGCAAGCAGCCAAUGGCAGGAGCGCCAGGCCAGGUGGCCGGAGUGGAGUCUCAGCCCCACCCGUCCAUCCCCGCCACCCCUGGGCUUCCGCGAUGAGCACGGGGUGGCCCUCCUGGCCUACACGGCCAACAGCCCCCUGCACAAGGAGUUCAAUGCAGCCGUGCGUGAGGCAGGCCGCUCCCGGGCCCACUACCUCCACCACUUCUCCUUCAAGACACUCCAUUUCCUGCUGACUGAGGCCCUGCAGCUCCUGGGCAGCGGCCAGCGUCCACCCCGGUGCCACCAGGUGUUCCGAGGUGUGCGCGGCCUGCGCUUCCGGCCAGCAGGGCCCCGGGCCGCCGUGAGGCUGGGGGGCUUUGCUUCUGCCUCCCUGAAGAAUGUUGCAGCCCAGCAGUUUGGUGAGGACACCUUCUUUGGCAUCUGGACCUGCCUUGGGGCCCCUAUCAAGGGCUACUCCUUCUUCCCUGGAGAGGAAGAGGUGCUGAUCCCCCCCUUUGAGACCUUCCAAGUGAUCAAUGCCAGCAGACCGGCCCAGGGCCCCGCCCGCAUCUACCUCCGAGCCCUGGGCAAGCACAGCACCUACAACUGCGAGUACAUCAAAGACAAGAAGUGCAAGUCUGGGCCUUGCCAUCUGGAUAAUUCAGCCAUGGGUCAGAGCCCCCUCUCUGCAGUCUGGUCUUUGCUCCUGCUGCUCUGGUUCCUCGUGGUGAGGGCCUUUCCAGACGGUCCAGGCCUCCUUUGAUGCAUGAGACACGGGACAGCCUCGCCUGCUGCCUCUGCCCAUCCUGAGGAUAUUGGCCAUGUGUGCUUUCAGUGUAACCAAGAUUCCUGGCAACCCCAUCUGCAGGGAACUCUGGGACCUUCUCUGGUAGCUGCCAGACCAGCUGGUGGAGAAACAGGAGACAAUUUGCGGACUGAACCUUACCCAGGGCUGUAGGAGUGAGACUCUGAAUAAAGGGUUGGGCCGGC